AUGGCCGUGCCGGGCGAGGCCGCCCGAGUCGGGGCCAAGCCCGGCCACGCAGAGGCGAGGCCGGCCCCCUCAUCGCCCCGGGGCCCGGGCUGCCGCGGCUGCUGGGGCGCCCUGGUGCUGCGGCUACUCCGGCGCUCGCAGAAACUUUCCUCGGCGCUGUGCGCGGGCUCCCUGCCCUUUCUGCUGGCGUUGCUGGUGAGGCUGGUCCGCGGAGAGAUUGGCUGUGACCUGGAGCGGAGUGAGGAGGCGGCGGCGGCGGCGGCGGCGGCGGAGGAGGAGGAGGAAGCGGCCCCCGGGGCAGAAGGGGGCGUCUUCCCGGGGCCUCGGGGAGGUGCUCCCGGGGGCGGCGCGCCGCUCGGCCCCUGGCUGCAGCCCUCGGCGCUGCUCUUCAGUCUCCUGUGUGCCUUCUUCUGGAUGGGCUUGUACCUCCAGCGCGCCGGGGUGCGCCUGCCUCUGGCCGUCGCGCUGCUGGCCGCCUGCUGCGGGGGGGAAGCGCUCGUCCAGAUUGGGCUGGGCGUCGGGGAGGAUCACUUACUCUCGCUCCCCGCCGCGGGGGUGGUGCUCAGCUGCUUGGCCGCCGCGACAUGGCUGGUACUGAGGCUGAGGCUGGGCGUCCUCAUGAUCGCCUUGACUAGCGCGGUCAGGACCGUGGCCCUCAUUUCCCUAGAGAGGUUCAAGGUCGCCUGGAGACCUUACCUGGCGUACUUGGCCGGAGUGCUGGGGAUCCUCCUGGCCAGGUACGUGGAGCAAAUUUUGCCACAGUCCACGGGGGCGGCUCCGAGGGAGCAUUUCGGGUCCCAGCUAAUCGCUGGGACCAAGGAAGAGAUCCCGGUGUUUAAGAGGAGGAGGCGGUCCAGCUCCGUGGUGUCCGCCGAGAUGUCGGGCUGCAGCGGCAAGUCCCAUCGGAGGACCUCCCUGCCCUGCAUCCCGAGGGAACAGCUCAUGGGGCAUUCAGAAUGGGACCACAAACGAGGGCCAAGGGGAUCGCAGUCUCCAGGAACCAGUAUCACUGUGGAUAUUGCCGUAAUGGGCGAGGCUCACGGUCUCAUCACCGACCUCCUGGCAGACCCUUCUCUGCCCCCCAACGUGUGCACGUCCCUGAGGGCAGUGAGCAACCUUCUCAGCACGCAGCUCACCAUCCAGGCCAUUCACAAGCCCAGAGUGAACCCCGUCGCUUCCUUCAGUGAAAACUAUACCUGCUCUGAUUCUGAAGAAAGCUCUGAAAAAGACAAGCUGGCUCUUCCCAAGCGCCUGAGGAGAAGUUUGCCCCCUGGUUUGCUGAGACGAGUUUCAUCAACUUGGACAACCACCACCUCAGCCACGGGUCUGCCCACUUUGGAGCCUGCCCCAGUACGGAGGGACCGUAGCGCCAGCAUCAAACUCCAUGAAGCACCUUCAUCCAGUGCUAUUAAUCCAGAUUCUUGGAAAAACUCAGUGAUGAUGACUCUCACCAAAAGCAGAUCCUUCACUUCAUCCUAUGCUGUUGCUGCCUCUAACCACGUAAAGGCUAAAAAGCAAAAUCGACCAGGUUCCCUAGUGAAAAUUUCACCUCUUUCCUCACCCUCUUCCUCACCACUCCAUGGGACCCCUGCCAGCAGCCCAGUCAGCAAAAUUUCUGCAGUGCAGUUUCCAGAAUCUGCCGAUGGAACUGGCAAACCUGGCCUAAGUUCUCACAGGGCCGUAACUUACACUCAAAGUGCCCCUGACCUUUCUCCUCAGAUCCUGACUCCACCUGUUAUAUGUAGCAGCUGUGGCAGACCAUAUUCCCAAGGGACUCCUGCUGAUGGGCCCCUGGAGAGAAGUGGGGCAGCCAUUCGGACACCAAACAGAACUGAUGACACCACUCAAGUUACCUCUGAUUAUGAAACCAAUAACAACAGUGAUAGCAGUGAUAUUGUACAGAACGAAGAUGAGACUGAAUGCCCCAGAGAGCCUCUGAGGAAGACAUCACCUUGCAGCACCUAUACUCCUGAGGCCAUGAUAUUCCUGGACAAACCAAUUCUUGCUCCUGAACCUCUUGUCAUGGAUAACUUGGACUCAAUUAUGGAGCAGCUAAAUACUUGGAAUUUUCCAAUAUUUGAUUUGGUGGAGAAAAUAGGAAGAAAAUGCGGCCGUAUUCUUAGUCAGGUAUCAUACAGACUUUUUGAAGACAUGGGUCUCUUUGAAGCUUUUAAAAUUCCAGUUAGGGAAUUUAUGAAUUAUUUUCAUGCUUUGGAGAUUGGCUACAGGGAAAUUCCUUACCAUAACAGAAUCCAUGCCACCGAUGUCUUACACGCUGUUUGGUAUCUUACGACACAACCUAUUCCCGGCCUCUCAACUGUGAUUAAUGAUCACGGAUCAGCAAGCGAUUCAGAUUCUGACAGUGGGUUUACACAUGGACAUAUGGGAUAUGUAUUCUCAAAAAUGUGUAACGUGCCAGAUGAUAAAUACGGAUGUUUGUCUGGAAAUAUCCCUGCCUUGGAGUUGAUGGCCCUGUAUGUGGCUGCCGCCAUGCAUGAUUUUGAUCACCCGGGAAGGACUAAUGCUUUCCUGGUUGCAACUAGUGCCCCUCAGGCGGUGCUCUAUAACGAUCGUUCAGUUUUGGAGAACCAUCAUGCAGCUGCUGCGUGGAAUCUUUUCAUGUCCCGGCCGGAAUAUAACUUCUUAGUUAACCUUGACCAUGUGGAAUUUAAGCAUUUCCGUUUCCUUGUCAUUGAAGCAAUUUUGGCCACUGACCUGAAGAAACACUUUGACUUCGUAGCCAAAUUUAAUGCCAAGGUGAAUGAUGAAGUUGGAAUAGAUUGGACCAAUGAAAAUGAUCGUCUGCUGGUUUGUCAAAUGUGUAUAAAGUUGGCUGAUAUCAAUGGGCCAGCUAAGUUUAAAGAGCUCCAUCUUCAGUGGACAGAGGGUAUCGUCAAUGAAUUUUAUGAACAGGGUGAUGAAGAGGCCAGCCUCGGGUUACCAAUAAGCCCUUUCAUGGACCGUUCUGCUCCUCAGUUGGCCAACCUUCAGGAAUCCUUCAUCUCGCACAUUGUGGGUCCUCUGUGCAACUCCUAUGAUUCAGCAGGACUGAUGCCAGGGAAAUGGGUGGAAGACAGUGAUGAGUCAGGAGACACCGAUGACCCAGAAGAAGAGGAGGAGGAAGCACCAAACGAAGAGGAAACCUGUAAAAAUCGUGAAUCUCCAAGAAAGAAAACUUUCAAAAGGAGAAAAGUCUACUGCCAAAUAACUCAGCACCUUCUGCAGAACCACAAGAUGUGGAAGAAAGUCAUUGAGGAGGAACAGAGGUUGGCGGGCAUAGAGGAUCAGUCCCUGGACCAGUCCCCCCAGCAGCAUCCCUCAGACCAGAUCCAGGCCAUCAAGGAAGAAGAUGAAGAAAAGGGGAAGCCGAGAGGAGACGAAACCCCAACCCCAAAGCCAAACCAGUGACAAUGGAUAAAUGAGCUACGUUUCGAAACAGAGUGACUUGUCACAGACUCUUUUCAAGCCAGCACAACACUUAGACACAACACUGUAGAAAUAUGAGAAGAUGGGCAAACGGCUAUGGCAUUUUGGGAUUCUUUGCAUUUUAUGUGUUUAUUUUUACAGUGAGGUACAUGGUUUAAAAAACUCUCACUCAGAGAAGCUUUCACAUUAUAACAACACCAGCUUCUAAGGAUUUUUUUAAAGGAAGAAGUAUAUAUGUGUGUGUGUAUAUAAGCUCUCACAUAGAUCCAUGUAAAACAUAUUCACAGACACACACGCAGACACACAGACACACCGAAAAGCCGGGAUUCCUGGCUCCACGAUUUAGUAACAUUCAUGUUAAGAUAUAUAGUGGUCACUGUGAUAUAAUAAAUCAUAAAGGAAAAACUAAAGGAAAAGAAAUUCCAAAGGAGAUGGUGAAGCUUUAGCCGGGAAGCAGUGUAGCAAAUGUAGGUUACGACUAAGAAGCUUUUGCUCUUAGUACUGAGGGAUGAAAGUUCCAGAGCAUUGUUUGAAUUCUUAUGCAUCCUGCCAACAUUGUGUGUGUGUG